CAGCCGCUCCAGCGCGUAGCCAGCCCGGGCGUCCGCGGGGGGCGACGUGCCCUGCUGCCCGCCCCCUGCCCGGGGACCCGCCCCGAGUCCAGCCCCGCACCGCUUAAACGGGGCCAGUCCGCCGGCCUCUCCCGCCGCAGUCAUGUCCGCCCGCCCCGCGUUCACCAGCCCCUUCCCCAGCCCCCGCCGCCUGGCUGCCGCGGCCCCGGCCGGCAGGGCGAAGCUCACCCACCCCGGCAAGGCGAUCCUGGCAGGUGGUAUUGCCGGUGGCAUUGAGAUCUGCAUUACAUUCCCUACGGAGUAUGUGAAGACUCAGCUACAGCUGGAUGAGAAAGCUAACCCGCCCCGGUACAAAGGCAUCGCGGACUGCGUGAAGCAGACUGUCCAGGGCCAUGGAGUGAAGGGGCUCUAUCGAGGCCUCAGCUCACUGGUGUAUGGCUCCAUCCCAAAGGCUGCCGUGAGGUUCGGCAUGUUCGAGUUCCUCAGCAACCACAUGAGAGACGAGAAGGGCAACCUGGACAGCAAGCGCGGGCUGCUGUGCGGCUUGGGAGCCGGGGUGGCCGAGGCCGUGGUGGUGGUGUGUCCCAUGGAGACCAUAAAGGUGAAGUUUAUCCAUGACCAGUGCUCCCCCAAACCGAAGUACCGCGGCUUCUUCCACGGCGUGCGGGAGAUCAUCCGCGAGCAGGGUCUGAAGGGAACCUACCAGGGUUUAACCGCUACUGUCCUCAAACAAGGAUCAAACCAGGCCAUUCGCUUCUUCGUCAUGACAGCGCUCAGGAACUGGUACAAAGGGGAUGAUCCCAACAAGGUCAUAAACCCCCUCGUCACCGGGGUAUUUGGGGCCAUUGCCGGAGCGGCUAGCGUCUUUGGCAACACCCCCCUGGAUGUGGUGAAAACCAGAAUGCAGGGGCUUGAAGCGCACAAGUACAAGAGCACCUGGGACUGCGCCUACCAAAUCAUGAAAUAUGAAGGGCCCAUUGCGUUUUACAAGGGCACUGUGCCUCGCCUGGGCCGGGUCUGUCUGGAUGUGGCCAUCGUCUUUGUCAUCUACGACGAAGUGGUCAAGGUCCUCAACAAGGUGUGGAAAACCGACUGAGCCGGGCAGCAGCACCGUCUCCUUCACCACCGCGAGGCAACAGCUGGAGAAAGAUGACCAACCCGGGAAGAAUCAUAUGGACAUUUCACCAGGAGCGGUGCCAAGGUUCAAGUCCCCCACUUGUGUGAAAGCAAGGGAGCUAGCCCUGUGCUCAGCCAGUCGGGCUCGUAUCAAACCCUGACCACCUUUAUUUAUAGGAACGAACUGUGGAGUAGUUUAAAUUAUUGAUCAUGUGCUAAAAUGAUAGAUUCCCCUCCCCCCACCAUCUGCAAACUUGGCAAAGGCCAGCUCUGCCAGCCUGGGGGCGGAGGGGGCGGGGGAAUAGGUCAGUGCCCAAAAGUGAGAAGAGAGGCCACGAUUCUCCAGCCAGAUUAGAAUUCAGUCCACGUUUCCUUUUGCCUUUGAGAAAACAGAGCCAAGCUACCAAAGGUUUCCACUGAGCUCACUGCCAUCUCCUGCCUCUCCCAGCAGGAUGCGCUGGAGUGCUGGCUGCAGGGGAGCGAUUGCAGUGGUGUGAUGUCCCUAGCUAUGGGGAGCUCACUGCUACUCCAGUCCCAUCCUCUACUUGUAGGAGGCGCUCUAGGGAAUGGUGUGGGACCCCUGGCUGCGAGCCAUGCAUGGCUAGUCCAGACCCAGUCUCGAGAAGCAGGAGUCGCUAGCGGGGGAACCCCUGGUUGUGGGGGAGCUCCAGCUGCCCUUACCAGAGCUGCCAAGUGCCUCAGUCACAGCAUUUUCCAGUGGGAGUCACUAGGGCCAAAGAGGAUUGCUCGUGAAGUGAGCUGCGUGACCCACACUGGCCCUUUAGCCUCUUGUUUAAGCCAGAAAGCUGAGUGGAGGCCCUCUGGGGCAGGCAAUGUCCCUGCCUCCGUGAGUCAGAUAGUGUGAUCCAGACUGGUGGCUCUGCACGUGCGCCUUCCUGUGGGAGCUUUGCCUGCCCAGCCAUCUCCACUGGAAGAGAGGAAAUCCACCCUGUACCACCACCUGGGAGCACUGGGGGGCUUUGCUAUGGAAUCUGCAAGGGACCCAGUGCCCAGAACAUGUCCUCUACCAUCCCAGCCUCUCGCACAGGCUCCUGGCGGUGCGGCAGCUGGUGUGGUAGAGACCCUGCACUGCGCGGUGGUGCCUUCAUUUUCAUUUUCCUCGCUGAGGAAACUCAUUCCCAGGGCAUGAAAUUCCUGCCUAGAAUGACCAGGUUCCUCACCCCUCUGACAGAGAGGCACCUUGUUUACAUGUGAGAUGAGAGUGAGAAAGGUGAAGUGCUCGCCUGCCACUUGACCUUCUCUGAUUAAACUGCCUCUUCCACUCUGCCUCACCACCCUCACCCCCUCCGCUCGAUAUUCCAGUGCUGAGAGCCAGGCAAGUACCUAGCUAGGCUAAAUGAACUUCACACUUCGUUAUUAACACUUGUACUGUAUCCCCUGGGGGGACAGUGACCCUGUCCUUGCCCAGUGCCAAGAACUUAUAAUGGUUCCAGUGCAGAUUUGUGCCAAAAUCGUGUGUCUGUCUACAAUCGUUAUGCAGGGGUUUGUCUGUUUGUACUGUCAGUGACAAAUGCAGCCUUAACACUCUCGUAUGCGCAGGCGAAGAAGGAAAGCACAGGGAAGAGUCACUUUCCGGCUCUCUGCUCGCAAGCCAUUGAGGUUUCUUUGCAUUUGCAACUUGAAUAAAAUAAGAGCCUCGCUUUAGAACCCACUGCUGGCUUUACAGAUCCUGGUUCAAUUCUGAAAUCAACCCUUACAUGGCGUGUGUGCUCACACCCUGAUGCCUAUAAUAUUGCAUUUACGAUCAUAUUCCUGGCAGCAUCUGCAGUCCCUAUUGUACCAGGCUGCCUAGGCAGCGGUUACCACGCUGGCAGCCGAGCCAGAUGCUUCGUUUUUGUUCCUGCUAAUAUUUUAGAGUCCAAAGGUUUCUUUUCAAGCUGACUUGAGUAAAACGUGUUAAUGUUGCGCUUGCAGCUGCAGGCUGGAGUGACUCUUGCCAUUUUCAAGGCCAAAUGGGGGCGCUCUGGCGAGCACCCCGACAAUAAACCAAAGUUGCCUGUUAACAAAGUCUCCAUUGCUCUGUGUGGGUCAAAGGCAGCCCUGGGUCUGUUGCAAUUUAAGCCUUUUGCUCACAUCCCUUCAGCCACUGAGAGCUCCCCACCCUUGCGUUCUGGAUGAGCAAAGGGAUUCGGGGGGGGGCCAGGCCCCAACUCACUGGUGAAUGCAUUUUGCCAAUGCAGCUAGCUACACUGCAGCGACAUGGGAAUGAUGAUGUGUUCUGUUACACUGGCUGCAGAUCAUUUGACACGUUAGCCCAUGUAUGCUGCAGUCUCCUUUGCCAAGUGUCUCCCCUCCGAAUUCCAGGGUACUUACCCUGGGAUUGCACUGGUCACCACUAGGUUCCGAAAAGGCUGGGAACUCUUCCUGCCCCCCUGUUUUGUGUUUACCGUCCAAUUCAGUCCAUUGCCUCAGCGCUGUGCUGAUAAGGGAAUGAGAUUUGAUGGCCUGUCUAGGCCCUGACUCUUCUCAGAUGCUCCCGUAGCACAUUAAGAAUGAGAUUCUGAAUGACUGAAAACUAAACUGGACUGUUUCAUGGGCUCAAUAGAAAUGUCCAAGGUGCUGAUCCUGUAAAAUCCUUGCUUGGAUGAGUAGAUCCCUUGACUGUGGUGCUGCUAGUGAGGGGAUCUGAAAGCCAAGCUGGGUUCUUCAUGCCUGCUGACUUCAAUGAUGGGAGCAAAGAUUGUGCCCUAAAUCCAAUCCAAUGAAAAUCGGAGGGUGGGGGUGGGUGGGUGCUGAGUGGAAGAGGGGGACAUUUGGGAAAGGCUCUUCCUACCUGAGACUAGUUCGGGUCGUCUCUGCCAGGACCAAGGAAUUAUUUCCUGUGUUGCUUCUCGUUGUUUGGCUUCUUCAGGCUUCAGAGGAGCUGCUCCCUCCCAAAGCUGCCUUUGGGCUAGAAAGAGAUACUACCAGACAGCUGCCUAGUGCACGGCCGAGAACUGCUGCCUCUGGGCUCGGGAGGUGGGAGCCACUGUUUCCUUUAGUCACAUGCUCGAGGGCAGACUCUCUACCUGGAGUGACAUUUUAUGGGUGCAGGCCAUUGCCCGACACCCAUCCCUCGGGGUGGGUGCCAGAGCCAGAAGAAAGCUCUGCAUAGGAGUGUGUGCACUGUGUGGUCUCUGCCUUGGCAGAGUUUGUGUGCUCUGCUCUCUGCAAGGCUGUGUCUUCUACACAUGUUGUGUCAGCCCCUGCUGCUUUCUCAGGUUUUACUGCAUUCAGAGAUUAUGUAAUAAACUGAAACCUGCUUCAAGCUG